GUUCCAGUCAAGAUACUCAUGCAAGCGAAGGCAAAGGAACCACCUAGUGAUGCACUGCCAAAAUUCAUGGAGGCUUACACAUCUUUCAAACAUGUCAGGAGCUUGGUGAAGGAAGCAUGCACAGGGAAACUGAUGACAGAGUGGGAGCAGGGCAUCUCAAAAGCUGACAAGAAACCCGAACUGGUUAAUAUGGCCCCUGCAUUGUCUGCAUUCAUGGCUGUCAAGGACAAAGAAGAAAUG